AUACGAACGACUCGGCCCCCACUGAAAGGCGGCAAACAGAGCACGCGGGUUUCCACGCUGAAAUUUUCGACGGUCAGUGCAUCCACGGUUCCAGUUCCAGCCACCCCCAAAAUGUCUUCGUCUGUUGCGAGGACUUCUAAGUACUCCUACAGGUCCAGCGGCGCUGCAGGAGGAUCUGCUGACGUCAGCAUCGAGUACAGCGCCGAUCUGACUGCCCUUUCCAGGCUAGAGGAUAAAAUCCGUCUGCUUCAAGAUGACCUCGAAAUCGAAAGAGAACUCAGAUCUAGAAUCGAGAGGGAGAAGGCUGACCUCAGCGUCCAGGUUAUCCAGUUAUCUGAACGUUUGGAAGAGGCAGAGGGUGGAGCUGAAAGCCAGUUCGAAAUCAACAAGAAACGCGAUACUGAACUCAUGAAACUGCGAAAACUCCUGGAGGAUGUCCAUUUGGAAUCAGAAGAGACAGCCGCCAUUUUGAAAAGGAAACACCAAGAAAUCGUCGUAGACUUCCAAGAACAAAUCGAUUCAAUGGCCAAAGCCAAAUCAAGGGCCGAAAAAGAGAAGAGCAAAUUCCAGUCCGAAAUCUACGAACUCCUCUCACAAGUCGAGAGCGUCAGCAAGGAACGCCUGAUCGCCGUCAAACAAGUGGAAAGAUCCGAGAUCACCAUCUCCGAACUGAACGUCAGAAUCGAAGAGCUCAACCGCACCAUAGUCGACAUCACUUCCCACAAGACCCGCCUGUCCCAGGAGAACAUCGAGCUGACCAAGGAAGUCCAAGACAUCAAAGUCAACCUCGAGAACGCCAUCUACCUUAAAUCCCAGCUCGCCGGCCAACUAGAAGAUGCUCGUCGUCGCGCCGAAGAUGACGAGAGAAGACGAUCUCUUCUGGAAGCUAACCUCCACCAGGUGGAAGUUGAACUAGAGUCCAUCCGCGUCCAGCUAGAAGAAGAGAGCGAAGCUCGCCUGGACCUGGAGCGCCAGCUGGUCAAAUCCCAAGGCGAGGUCCAGGUGUGGAGGUCAAAGUUCGAGUCGGAAGCAGCAGCCCGCGCUGAAGAGGUAGAGGAAAUCCGCAGGAAGUUCAACAUCAGGAUCCAGGAGCAAGAGGAGCACAUCGAGGCUCUGUUGGUCAAGGUCAAUAACCUGGAGAAGCAGAAGUCUCGCUUGCAGUCCGAAGUGGAGGUGCUCAUCAUCGACUUGGAGAAGGCCAACAAUACCGCUAGAGAGCUGCAGAAGCGUGUGGAGCAGUUGGAGAGGAUCAAUAUCGAUCUGAAGACUCGCUUGGAUGAGACCGUGCAGUUGUACGAGCAGAGCCAGAGAGAUCUUCGUACGAAGGUCAGCGAGCUCCAACGUACUGUGCACGAAUUGGACAAGACUCGUGAACAGAAGGAUCAACUCGCAAGAGAAAACAAGAAAUUGGCUGAUGACCUUUCCGACAGUAAGAUAACUAUCACUGAACUCACCCGCCGCCUUCAUGAAAUGGAGUUGGAACUCCGCCGUCUAGAAAAUGAACGUGAAGAACUCACUGCUGCCUAUAGAGAAGCUGAAGCUGGUCGUAAAGCUGAAGAGCAACGUGCUCAACGUCUAUCAGCUGAGCUGGGUCAAUUCCGUCAUGAAGCAGAGAAACGUCUGCAAGAGAAAGAUGAAGAGAUUGAAGCAAUUCGCAAGGCAACUAGCAUCGAAAUCGAGCAGCUCAAUGCCCGAGUCGUGGAAGCAGAGACCAGGCUGAAGACCGAAGUCACCCGUAUCAAGAAGAAGCUCCAGAUCCAGAUCACCGAGUUGGAGAUGUCCCUCGACAGCGCCAACAAGAUGAACAUCGAUCUCCAGAAGACCAUCAAGAAGCAGUCCUUCCAGCUCACCGAGAUCCAGGCUCACUACGACGAGGUGCAACGUCAGUUGCAGGUCACUUUGGACCAAUUGACUGUCGCUCAGAGAAGGAUUCAGGCUCUUACUGGAGAAGCUGAGGAGAUCAGGAGCAACUACGAAUCUGCUCUCCGUGGAAAGAGACAAGCCGAACAAAUGUACGAGGAAGCAGGAACUCGCGUCAACGAACUGACCACCAUCAAUGUCAACCUUGCCUCCUCCAAGAGCAAAAUUGAACAGGAAUUGUCAGUCGUCAUCGCUGAUUACGAAGAAGUCACCAAAGAACUCCGUAUUUCAGAUGAACGUUACCAACGUGUACAGGCGGAGCUCAGACACACCGUGGAGAUCCUCCACGAGGAGCAAGAGCGAGUGGUCAAAAUCGAAGCGAUCAAGAAGAGCCUGGAGAUCGAGGUCAAGAACCUGUCCGUGCGUCUCGAGGAAGUCGAAGCCAACGCGAUCGUGGGCGGCAAGCGCAUCAUCAGCAAACUGGAAUCACGUAUCCGCGACAUGGAAGCUGAAUUGGACGAGGAGAAAAGGCGCCACGCCGAGACCAUCAAGAUCUUGCGCAAGAAAGAGCGCACUGUCAAGGAGGUCAUGAUCCAGUGCGAGGAGGACCAGAAGAACAUCGCUCUCCUGCAGGAGUCUUUGGACAAGUCCAACCAGAAGGUCGCUUUGUUCAAGAGGCAACUACAAGAAGUGGAGGGUGUAUCCAGCCAGAGCGUAACCCGCGUGCGCCGUUUCCAGAGGGAGCUGGAGGCAGCCGAGGACCGCGCCGACACGGCCGAGAGUAACCUCACCAUGAUCCGUGCCAAGCACCGCACCUUCGUUACCACCAGCUCUGUGCCCGGCUCUCAGGUCUAUUUGGUGCAGGAAUCGCGAACAUCCGAAAUGUAAUCGCCCUGUAGCAUCAUCGGCUAAGCGCCCCUCCGCAUGUCGCCUUUUAUUGGUUUCAUCAGACAUCGAGGCGGUCAGAAUAUUAUCCAUUUAUUAUCUCUUUGUGCACAUAAUUUAUUGAAAAGAAUAUAUCUAUAUACCAUUAUCUUCGAUAUAAUAUACAC